AUGGACACCACCAUAAACGCAGAGAUACAACGCAGAAAGCUCCAUGAGAAAAGCCUUCUUUCCAAAAUCAGUGCAGUGGAGGACCGACUAAACUCGUACGUUGGGAACCUGAGAAAUUCAAUCCAACAAAUCAAAUCCGGCAAAGAAAAUGUGGAGAUUCCAUCAAUUGAUUUCGAUGGGAUUCGACGUGAAAUGGAAGCAAUUGCAGCUGACAAAGGCAAAAUGAACAUGGAAGGGCUCCUGAUGCUGGAACAAAGAAUGGCUCGUGCUCAAUCAGAACUUCAACAAGACCGGAAGAAAAUAUCGCAAGAACUUGCUAAUCUCGAGAGCAGCAGUGACGUUGAGAAGCUCAGGAACCAAGUUAAGAAUCUCUCCACCCUGAAUGAUCACAUGAAAAACACUCAAGAAUUGAUUAGGGACAAAGUUGACAAACAGAUACCAAAAGAUUUGAACGACUUGGCCGCCAAAACCGAUAACAUCACGCAACACUUGGCUGAUCGCCUCGAUAAGGAGGAAGAAGAGAGAUUUCUUGCAAUCAAGGAGCUUCAAGAAGCAUUCCAGAAACUCCAAAUUAAUGAUGGCUCUGCAGCCAAUGGCAAAGCAUCUUCGAAUAAUGCACAAGUUCGACGCGAGCUUGACGAAUGCAAGGUGGCCAUAAAGAAGUUGGCAGAAUCUGUCACGACAGUGAAGAAUGUGCUCGACAAAAAAAUUACGGAUGAGAGUCGAAAGAGAGAGGCUGAAUUCGGCCGCCUCAGUUCCAUGAAAGCGUAG